UGUAGGAAAGACAGAGAGAGAAGGCGAUCAAACUCGCAGUAGCGGAUUCAUAACCUGAUACAGUGUGUUCCUUCAAAACAGCCUGUAUUAAUAACAAGACAGACACGCGAAGGAGAAGGAGAAGAUCAGAUGUUACCAUUGUUUGUUACCGGUUUUUACCAAACACAACUAUAGACAGCAAGAGGCGUUCAAAGAGUCAUACAACAGUACAGUCGAAAAAUAAAUACAAAUCUAGACAAGAAUGGACGUAGAAAAGCGGUGGGCCUGCAGGCUUGUUAGCCGCAGUCGUAAUCGAGCAGGUCUUCCCGGUCUGGUGUGGGGCAAGCUGCCUCUGGUUCUGGUUGUGGUAGCAUCAGUACUGUCUGGACUCGGUUCUCCGGCCGAGGGCAAGGAGUGCGACAAGCCGUGCCUGAACGGGCAGUGCAACCCGACUGUCGGUAGCUGCAUUUGCGAGCCCGGCUGGGCCGGGGAUCAGUGCCAGCAUUGCAGUGGGAGAUUCAGGUUAACUGGCUCCUCGGGAUACCUCACAGAUGGGCCUGGGAAUUACAAAUACAAAACCAAGUGCACCUGGCUGAUCGAGGGCCAACCCAACACUAUCCUGAGGCUGAGGUUCAACCACUUUGCGACAGAGUGCAGCUGGGACCACUUGUAUGUGUACGAUGGGGACUCUAUCUACGCUCCUUUGCUGGCCGCAUUCAGCGGGCUGAUCGUCCCUGAGAAGUACGGUAAUGAGACUGUUCCCGAGGUGGUCUCCAAAUCCGGCUACGCGCUGCUGCACUUCUUCAGCGAUGCUGCCUACAACCUGACCGGCUUCAAUAUCUCCUACAGAAUCAACACCUGCCCCAAUAACUGCUCUGGCCGUGGAGAGUGCAAGCUUGGCAGUGGCAGCAGAGGCGAGUUCUGCGAGUGCGCGGCGCACUGGAAAGGAGAGGCGUGUGACAUCGCGUACUGCAUGGAGGACUGCGGUUUCCCCCAGCGCGGAGUGUGCCAUGCCAACACCACCAAGCGCUGCUUCUGCAAUGCGGGCUGGCAAGGUCCCAACUGCUCCAUUCCGAUGCCAGCAAACGAGUCAUUUUGGACUAGAGAAGAGUACCCAGUCCGCAGCCUGGCACGGGCCUCGCACAAGUCUGUGGUGAACGAUGGCAUCAUGUGGGUGAUUGGAGGCUACGUGUUCAACUAUUCCGACUACAAGAUGGUUAAAGCAUACGCUCUGAGCUCUCAAGAGUGGCUGCCUCUAAACCAGUCGGUAAACUCUGUCAUUGGGAGAUACGGGCACUCGCUGGCACUGCACAAGGGCAAGAUAUACAUGUACGGUGGUAAGAUGGACUCCAGUGGGAAUGUCACUGACGAGCUGUGGGUGUUUCACAUUGGAAACCAGUCAUGGGUACAGGUCAGCCCCAAGGCCAAGGAGCAGUACGCCGUGGUGGGGCACUCUGCGCACAAGGUGCGGCUGGCCGAUGACAGCGUGGUCAUGCUGGUCAUCUUUGGACACUGCCCUCUGUACGGCUACACCAGCAAGGUGCAGGAGUACAACUUGGACACAAACACAUGGAGCAUCCUGAAGACUAACGGUGCCCUGGUGCAGGGAGGCUACGGGCACAGCAGUGUCUACGACCCCAAAACCAGAGCCAUCUACAUCCAUGGGGGCUACAAGGCCUUUAGCGCCAACAAGUACGGGCUGGCAGACGACCUCUACAAGUACCAGGUGGACUCCCGCAUGUGGACCAUCCUGAAGGACAGUGGUUUCUUCCGCUACCUCCACACGGCCAUCAUCAUGAGUGGGACCAUGCUGGUGUUCGGGGGGAACACGCACAACGACACUUCCAUGAGCAACGGGGCCAAGUGCUUCUCAUCCGACUUUAUGGCCUACGACAUUGCUUGUGACGAGUGGUCGGUACUGCCCAGACCAGAUUUGCACCAAGAUGUAAACCGUUUUGGACACUCUGCAGUUUACAGCAACAGCACCAUGUACGUGUUCGGAGGUUUCAACAGCCUGCUCCUGAGUGAUGUGCUGAUGUUUGCUCCAGCGAGCUGCGCUGCGCUCUCCAGCGAGGCUGCCUGCACCGCAGCCAGACCUGGGAUCCGCUGCCUCUGGAAUGCCAGUCUGGACCGCUGUCUAUCCUGGGAAGAGGCCAGCCCCAAGGAGGAGCUGCAGGUCCUGUUCACCUGUCCUGCCAAAGCAUAUGCUGACAGUGAGAAGUGUGAUCAAUACACAGACUGCUACAGCUGCACAGCCAACACCAACGGGUGCCAGUGGUGCACCAAUCAGUGCAUCUCAAUGAGCAGCAACUGCACAGCUGUGCCAGGCCCCAUCGUGGAGUAUGAGACCUGCCCGAAGGAUAACCCAGAGUAUGUUUGCAACAAGAAGACGAGCUGCAAGAGCUGUGCUAUGGACCAGAACUGCCAGUGGGAGCCUCGAAACCAGGAGUGCAUCGCCUUACCAGAUAAUAUCUGCGGGGAGAACUGGCAUCUUGUUGGAAACUCCUGCCUGAAGUUCACCACAGCCAAGGACAAUUACGACAACGCCAAGCUGUCCUGCCGAAACAGCAACGCAGUCCUGGCCUCGCUCACCUCCCAGAAGGAGGUGGAGUUUGUCCUCAAGGAGCUGCAGAUCAUGCAUGUGCUGUACAAAGCGACCGUCACCCCCUGGGUGGGAUUGCGGAAGAUCAACGUCUCGUACUGGUGCUGGGAGGACAUGUCCCCUUUCACCAACACGUCCCUCCAGUGGCUGCCAGGGGAGCCCAGUGAUGCUGGGUUCUGUGGGUACCUGGCUGAGCCCUCCCACACCGGCCUGAAGGCAGCCACCUGCGUCAACCCUGUCAAUGGCAGCCUGUGCGAGCGCCCAGCGAACCACAGUGCCAAGCAGUGCCGCACCCCCUGCGCCCUGCGCUCGUCCUGCAGUGAAUGCACCAGCGGCAGCUCUGAGUGCAUGUGGUGUAGCAACAUGAAGCAGUGCGUCGACUCCAAUGCGUAUGUGGCCUCCUUCCCCUUCGGACAGUGCAUGGAGUGGUACACCAUGAACAGCUGCCCACCGGAUAACUGUUCUGGCUACCGCACGUGUGGCCAGUGCAUGGACCAGUCUGGUUGCGGAUGGUGUACGGACCCCACUAACACUGGGAAAGGGCAGUGUAUAGAGGGCUCGUACCGAGGUCCGGUCCAGGCCUCAACACCCGGCUCGUACCAGGAACCAGCACUCAACGUCACCAUGUGUCCCACUGAGAACAAGUACAACUGGUCUUUCAUUCACUGUCCAGCGUGCCAGUGUAAUGGCCACAGCAAGUGCCUCAAUGAGAGUGCAUGUGAGAAGUGUGAGGACCUGACAACGGGCAAACACUGCGAGACCUGCAUCUCCGGGUACUAUGGAGACCCCACCAACGGGGGCACCUGUCAGGGCUGCAAGUGUAACGGCCACGCCUCCAUCUGCAACUCCCAAACUGGAAAGUGCUUCUGCACCACCAAGGGGAUCAAAGGAGACAAGUGUCACCUAUGUGAGGUGGAGAACCGUUACCAAGGCAAUCCUCUCAAGGGUACCUGUUACUAUACCCUCCUCAUUGACUACCAGUUCACCUUCAGUCUGUCCCAAGAUGAUGACCGCUAUUACACAGCCAUUAACUUCGUCGCUACACCUGAAGAGCAAAACCGGGACCUGGACAUGUUUAUCAAUGCAUCUAAAAACUUCAACCUGAACAUCACCUGGGCCACUAGUUUUGCAGCUGGCACACAGGCAGGAGAGGAGGUCCCCAUCAUUUCCAAGAGCAACAUCAAGGAGUACAAGGACAGCUUUUCCAACGAGAAGUUUGACUUCCGCAACAACCCCAACAUCACAGUCUAUGUGUAUGUCAGCAACUUCACUUGGCCCAUCAAGAUACAGAUUGCCUUCUCUCAACACAGUAACUUCAUGGACCUGGUGCAGUUCUUUGUGACGUUUUUCAGCUGUUUCCUGUCCCUGCUGUUGGUGGCGGCAGUCGUGUGGAAGAUCAAACAGAGCUGCUGGGCGUCACGGAGGAGAGAGCAACUCCUGCGUGAGAUGCAGCAGAUGGCCAGCCGCCCCUUCGCCACCAUCAACGUUGCUUUGGAAACGGAUGAUGAGCCGCCCGACCUCAUUGGUGGGAGCAUCAAGAACGUCCCCAAGCCCAUAACCCUGGAGCCCUGCUUCGGAAACAAAGCGGCCGUGCUGUCCAUAUUCGUCAGGUUACCACGGGGAUCAGGAGGGAUUCCCCCACCAGGGCAGUCAGGCCUUGCCGUAGCCAGCGCACUAGUGGACGUGUCCCAGCAGAUGCCUCUCGCGUACAAGGAGAAGUCGGGAGCCACGAGGAACCGGAAACACCAGCCCCAAGCACAGCCAGGGACCUGCAUCUGACCAUUGUGUUGACCGGGAUCCUCACUAUGAGCGUUGCACAAGGAGGUUGGGUGGCAGGGGGAUGAGUGGGGGAGACUACGGAAGCUGGGUUAUGAGGUUCAGAAUACUAAAUAUUGAAGCUAUCAGUGCAAGUACUUAAGUCCUUCUUUUUAUUUAUUUUUUAAGAAAGGAAAACUGAGAGACUGUCUUGUAAGGGGUUCCUUCACACUACUUUUGGUAGUUUCAGACCACCUGCUUGUUGCACUGCUUGCUUCAGUUUUAACUGAUUUGAACCUUAAACUGAACGAGGAUAACAAGGAAAGGUCUUCAACUCAACCCUCUUGUGAGUUGUGUAAGGUGCUUGCCUCUCUCAUCCUCACUAUUUUUAGCCUCCUUCAGUUGUUUUUUUAUUGUGUGACCAACAUGAUUUAUUUUUAUUAUUGUUUUCAUAAAUUUUUUUUUUUUUUUUAAUUCUCUUAUUUAUCACACAGCACCCCCCCUCCCUUUGGUUCAGUUCAGUUCGGCAACAUUAGUUGAGCAGUCAGGUAUUGAUUUUAGAUGUUGAAGCAACAGGGUCUUAUGGAAUCUAAUCAUGUCUUCGCACUGUACCAGUUUAUGCCAUCACGAACGAAGCACAUACGUUCUGAACUCUUCUGUGAGCUAGUUGUGGAUUAGUAAAGAGCCUGCAGCCGCCAGUGUGCUAAUACCUUGCAUGAACUAUUUAAACAAAACACAGCAGUGUUAGUGUUAGGAAGUUUAGACACAUAGCUGCUGUUCAUGGGUGUUUUUAACAUGCUAGGUUAGUGCACUCAAGGUAAUAGUACUAAUAUGUUUAGUUUAGGAAAUUGGUUCAACUGGGUUUUAACCUGUUGUUGCAAAUAUAGGACGCGUUUGUAAAAUAGUUUGCCACUUGCUGUACAUAAACAUUAUAUAAAUUUGA